AUGGGAGUUGUGUUUCUUUCAAGCUCAGCCGCAAGGUCACCACUCGGGUUAAGCACCGAUCUUCUCACACACCGUUCUUCACUGAAAAAGCCAUCCAUUGUUGCGUUUAAAGCCGAUGAUUCCACCAACUCAGCUUUGAUCAUCCCUCGUGAGCAAGUUUUGAUUCCAGCAGAACAGAGAAAGGAGAAGAGAGUGGUAACGAAGAGAACCACGAAAAAGGCGAAUCCUUUAGAUCAAAAUGUGGCUCCUUCGUGUUCGUUAGGAGUUGAUUACAAUGAAGCUGCCGCUAGACUAGAGAGCAUUUACAAGCUUAGUCCUGAGACAGCCACAUUGGUAGAGGAGGAGGAUGGUAUCGAUGGCUCCAAAGGGAAAGUUUCACGGAGGAGAAAGAGGAAGCAACAAAGUGAUGGUGAAGAGAAGAAAGUUGUUGUGAGGAACAAUGGGAACAAGGAAAAAAGAAUGAGUCUUGAUAAACGGAUCGCUAUGAAGAGAAACAUUCAAGAGAAACCGGUUAUCUCUGAGAGAAAAGUAACGAAGAGGCAGCAAGAAGAGGAGAAGAUCGAGAGGCUCGUUAGGGACUAUUCAGCUUCUAAUGAAAUGGUCACCUUGGACUGGAAGAAGAUGAAGAUCCCUCCUGUUCUUUCUUCUUCUGAACAUGCUUGGUUGUUCAAGUUGAUGCAACCUAUGAAGGCUCUUCUUGAAGUGAAAGAUGAAAUGCAGAAGAGUCUAGGAAGAGAACCGAGAGAAGCUGAAAUAGCUAAGGAGAUCAAUAUGGAUGUGGCUGAAGUGAAAAGGAAGAUUGAAGUUGGUAGAGCUGCAAGAAACAAACUUAUCAAGCACAAUCUCCGGCUUGUCUUGUUUACUAUGAACAAAUAUUUCCAAGAAUUUACCAACGGACCGAAAUUCCAAGACUUGUGUCAAGCCGGUAUGAGAGGGCUUAUCACAGCAAUAGACCGGUUUGAGCCGAAGAGGAAGUUUCGUCUUUCGACUUACGGUUUGUUUUGGAUUAGACAUGCCAUCAUACGCUCAAUGACGACCUCAAACUUCACUCGUGUCCCAUUUGGACUUGAAUCGGUGAGAGUGGAGAUCUAUAAAGCAAAGAUGGAGCUGUUGUUUGAGCUUGGAAGACUUCCCACAGAGGAAGAGGUAAUCGAGAGGCUCAAGAUAUCACCUGAAAGAUACCGUGAAGUCUUGAGAGCCGCGAAACCGGUUUUCUCACUUAACUCGAAACAUUCGGUUACGCAAGAAGAGUUCAUCAACGGAAUCACAGAUGUUGAUGGUGUUGGAGCUGAUAUCAGGAGACAACCUGCUCUUCUCAGGCUUGCUCUCGACGAUGUUCUGGAUUCAUUGAAGCCGAAAGAGAGUCUAGUGAUUCGGCAAAGGUACGGUCUUGAUGGGAAAGGAGACAGGACGCUUGGAGAGAUAGCUGGAAAUCUCAACAUCUCAAGAGAAAUGGUGAGGAAACAUGAAGUCAAGGCUUUGAUGAAGCUUAAGCAUCAGGCUCGAGUUGAUUACCUCCGUCAAUACAUAGUCUGA